AAUAAUAAUCAGCAGAGGGCGACCUUGAAGUGAUGCUGGAUACAUUGCAGAUAUAAAAGUGGAAACAAAAUAUCAUUAAAAAAGUUCUUACACACUCUCUGAUUGUUUUUACUGUCAAAAGUAAUGGAGAAUAUAUUUUGGAAUAUGAAUCUGUUCGUUAUAGUAACUGUGCUAUCAUUGGUAAAAUACGGGGUCCAUGGUGGCUGCGUGGCUGAUAAAACGGCAACGGUAAAGCCCUGCUUUGACCAGCUCAAGACAAAUAUGGAAUCCCAGAAUCCAACGGAUAUUAACGACUUUUUAUGCGGUGAUUCGCAGAAAGAUCGUCUUGACUGUGUUAUUAAAGGUUUCAACGAUUGCCGAGAUUUUAAGGAUGAAUCUUUCAUUGGCGAUCUGAAACAUGCAUCAGGAUUCCAUGCAAAGGACCUUUUUCAUGUUAGCUCAGCGGAUGAGUUUUGCAAAUGUGCACCAACAUUUACUUGUAUGGAAAAGAUAGAGACGGAAAAGUUAGGUAUUGACCUUGACGAAGGCCCCUGGGAGCAAAUUGCCAAUCAGGAAUACAUUUGCGGUUUAGGCCGCAAUAAUAUUGACUGUGUUGCCAAGUCACUUCCAACUUGUGUUGACUAUUUACAAUAUAAGCACAACGAAACAGUUGGAGACAACUUGGAAGGACAUGUGGACGUGAACAGCUUGCAGUAUGCAUCGAAUUAUGCUGAAAGGCAAUGCAAAAACUGGCCAGAUGAGGAUAAUGACCAUGUUUGUACAAUGAAAAGGGUAGGCUGGCAGUCUGUAGAAUACUGUCAUGAUGAUAUAGAUCAUCUUGUAAAAGAUUCUGAUAAAAUAUGCGGAAUGCGAUCAUGUGUUGAAAAGGCGAUGUCUACUUGCCCAAAAGGUGAAAUGGAAUAUUUUAUCGACGCCAUCAAUGUAUUCAGCGACACCAAGAUCAGUACAGUAAAAUGUUCGUCAGCUAAAGGCAUAGUUGCCUCGAUGUUCAGUACAAUCUUCCUAUGUUUAGUGUGUAUUCUAUUCUAGAGUUAUUCCAUUUCCUAGGUUUGCUUUUAUACAUCGUUGUAGUUACCUCCAAGUCAAUAGCUCAAUAAACUACGACCCGCAUUCAUCAACGCUUUUAACUUUGAAUUUGAAAGGUCUUGAAGUAUUUUCAUGAAACUUCACUUGAAGAUAAUUGCUGUAAUAAGUCUUUUCAGGAAAAGGUCUGUACAUUUGCAAAAUGAUUAUUUUCUCUAUUUGGAAUACCGGUUUGAAUCGUUGAUAAAUAUGGGCCCAGGACCUUAUGAUUAUUAGUAUAACUGAAAUAGUUGAUACAUACAACAUUUGCUGAUCCAAAACUAAACAUUUUUUUAUAUAUGUAUAUCGUUUUGACCUUCAAGAAGGUCAAUAAACCAAAAAUAAUUGGUGCACGCAUUAUUUGCUGUUUCAAAACCAAAACAAUUGAUGAGAAGUUAUCCUUGAUGAAAGGCCCUUUGAAUAUAUGUUUAACUCACAUAGCAUUCACUGAGUUUGAACUAUAGACAAAACAAUAUUUUAUUCAGUCCUAGAUAUAAAUAGAUAUCGAAUGAUGAACAUAACUUGAUGUGAGCGCUGAUGGAUGGUAAUUAUGCUUUAUGCAAAAUACUUGUAGUGUAACUGUGUAUCAAAACUGUGUUAGUUUUUUUUUCUACCUUUUUAACAUAAUAUUAAAUGGAAUCUGUAAAUGCAAAAAAUACAUUGAAAACUUUAUCCUGAAAACACAUGUUUUUAUCUCGUUUAACUUUUCAUUUUAAAUUCAAAACUAGACACAUGUAUACAUUCAAGCCUCGGCACAUUCGAUGACCUCGUUGUAUCUCAGCAAACCCUUUUAAUAAGCAAAAGUGCCUUUUAAAAUAAGGCAUACGUGUCCAUGAACAUUUUUUUUUAUAAUUGAGAGACAAUUUACAGAAGAUUUAUUUAUUUCAUAGCUUACAUGAGGAAGAUUACAAUGUUAAUUUAGAACUGGGCCUAGAGAUUUUUUCUGAGCAUUUACUGUUACAGUAGGCCUAUAUGAUGUAGUAGAAUGAUGCGACAUAACUUUCCUCUUUUUCAACUUCAAUAUCACGACAUAAUUCUCCACUUUUGAAUUUCAAUAACACCACACAUUUUACCUCUGAAUUUCAAUAUUACCAUUUUUACAAGUUAAGACCCUUUUAGCAUCUUUGGCAUCUCUCAGACAUUACAAAGUGUAGAAAGUCUAAUCAUAGUUUAUCACAUUUUCACUUGUAUAUGAAUUACUCUGUUAAAUGGGUAUCAAUGCAUUGUUUCUGUGAAACAGAUCAAAGAUACGUUAAGUCAAUUAAAAGAAACAGAAAUCUUUAUUUUUGGCAUUCUAUUUAACAAUUUCAUGCUGCCAAAGUCCCUAUUUCACAAGAUCUUAAGUUGCGUCAAAUCGCCAAUAGAAAUUUGACCCUGGGGAUCUUAUAAUCUUAACUAGUCGGUGGAGAGAAAAUAAAUGGUAUGUUACUGGGUUUGUUACAAUCUACAUCACCCCUAACUUGUCAUAUAUACUAUAAUAUAGCUUAGUUUUACGCAUUUGUAUCAUAUAAGUACUAUACAUGAAAACUUACGUUUAUAUGAUAAUUCUCUGACAAAGUUGAACAUCCAUUUAGGCAGUAUAAUUGUGUUUUUGUACAUUUAUAUAUUUUUAGGUUUACUUGUAUGAUGAGAUAUAUUGACAUGUGUAUAUGUUGCUUAGAUAUAUAGAGCAUCUCCUUUUUUAGAGAAAACCAUAUGUUAUUAAAUGAAUUCUUGUUUGGUUGAAGGUAUCAUUGCUCAUAAUUGUGUGUAUCUCUUCUGUUCUGAUCUAUAUUAAGUGUGUAAAGCGCCUUUGAGCGUAUUUAUUAUAAAAAGGGCGCUAUAUAAAUGUGGUUUAAUGUAUAGUAUAAAGGUCCGAGGUGUUCACUACUUUAUCUACUUAUGAAGCCUUACCAUGCUGGGCACGAUUGAUUCUGCCUUUGCGACCAGUGUAGAUCAUGAUCUACAACUGUUCGCUAUUCAGCAAGUAUCCUUUUGGUAAGCACCCCUUUCAACGGUUAAUGGUACUGUCCAAAUUGGAAAUGGACAAGUUCAUUAUAACAGAAAUUUGGCAAGGUAAGAGUUAAGCUAUCCAGUGGAUAACUUGGUUCGUAUCUGUGUAUGAUAAUACAUAAUAACUCUAUUUGUAACAAUAACAUUUGUGAUAUUGAACAGAUUUAGUGACGAUUCUAUUUGUUUCAUUGAUGUAUUUGAAGCACGAAAGUUUUAAUAUUUAACCAGCACACAACUUAACCUUUUGAGAGAUUAUAGUUGAAGUACAGAGCGGUUCAGACAUUUUGUAUGUUUUCAAUGUUGGAAUAAUAACAUUGAUAUUGGGAAAAGAAUUUUGUCUAGGAACACCAAAAGUAGUCACAUUUAAUAAACAUAUUGUUCUUUUGCACUUUUUCAUUAUGAGGUGAAGGGCCUAUCAUUACUAUGAGCCAAGUCACAUCUGAACCGGUCACUGUAUGAUAUCCUGAAAUUGAUUUAUGCCUUAUUGCUUGAAAAAUUUUCAUAGUGGCAUGCAUGUUUUUCAGACAGUUCUUUUUACAUAUCGUUUUGACAUCAUUCCUUAAUUAUUUAAAGUUCUUCCAUUUGUAUGUUAGAUUCACAUUAUGUAGUAUCCAGAGCGGUUGUAUAUAAGAUCGAAAUUUAAUCCAAGUUUCUAGUUAAAAAGCGCAACUUCCGUAUUUAAAAUGAGGAAACAUUGAUAAGAAAACCAUAAAUGUUACAAUAGCACAUGCAUAUAGAUUCACUAUAAGCACACCAUGUCGGAAUUUUUAAAUCACGUAAUAUGAGCUAUUUUAUGGCCAUAAAAUAGCGGUCAAAACUUCUGUCUGUAUUUUCAUAUCUAUUUGUGACAAAUAAGCAAUAAUUAUUCAAUUACUACGAAAAAAAACCUUAUAUAUGUUUUUAUUUCUAACUUUGAAUUGUGCUGUGUAUUUACACAUUUUUGUAUAUUAUAUUGUCAGUCAGAUAUUGUGUGAGUAUCUGUUGUAAUAAAACUGGUGUGAAAGAA